AAAAAAAGAGUUUCAGUUUGUAAUAGUAGACGUUAAAGUUAAACCUUCAAGAAACCCUGCCAAAAUCUUACAAUUUGUGUUAGUCGAGUCCAUAUGAACUAAAUUACCAUAUCAAUUCUUCAGAGAGUCAGAGUUGCACCACAAGUCUGUUUUGCUCUAAUGGCUCUGGUACCUACUCGCCAAUUACAUUUCGAUUCUUUUCAGAGUUCCUUCUGUAAAUUCAAUGCCAUUCCUCUCCAAUUCUUCAGGUACAAUUCUUCAUUUCCUUUCAAGACGCAAAAUUUCUACUCAAAUUCAAAGAGCCUACCAUGGAAAUCCAGUUUUUUUCCCAUUAAUAAACAAGAUAUAAGUUUACCAACUAGCAAUUGGUUCUCUAAAUGGAACAAACCCAAUAAACAGAAUCACCCAAAACCCCCUCAGGCAGUGUUAAAUUAUAGAGAUAGUGAUAAUAGUAGUACUGGCGGUACUACUAUGGAGAAAAUUGUAGAGAAAUUGAAGAAACAUGGGUAUAUAGAUGGUAAUGUUGAUGAGAAGAAAAAAGAGAAAACAUUAGAGAGAGUGAUCCAGAAAGGGAGUGUAGAGGAUAUCUUUUAUGUGGAAGAGGGAAAUUUGCCAAAUUCGCGAGGUGGGUUUUCAAAGGAAUCACCUUUAGGGGUAGAGGAUGUCUUUAAGAGUAAUGGGGAGGUAAGGUUUCCUUGGGAGAAACCUAAAAGGGAGGAGCUUGAGCAUGAGAAGAAAUGGACUGCAAGGAGCAAGAGUAGGACACAAUUGGCUGAAUUGACAUUGCCCGAGUCAGAGUUAAGGAGGCUGAGGAACUUGACUUAUCAAAUUAAAAGUAAAGUGAGGGUGAAAGGAGCAGGAGUUACUCAGGAAGUGGUGGAUUCCAUUCAUGAUAGAUGGAAGACGUCGGAGAUUGUGAGGGUGAAAGUUGAGGGAGCGCCUGCGCUUAAUAUGAGAAGGAUGCAUGAGAUAUUGGAAAGAAAAACUGGUGGUUUGGUAAUUUGGAGGUCUGGAACUUCUGUAUCUUUAUAUAGAGGCGUGAGUUAUGAGGAUCCAUCAGUGCAACUGAAUAAACAAAUUUUGAAGAGAAAUGAGCUAUCUAAUAAUUCCUUAUCAACAGCUACUGGUAUUAUUAGAAGUCCAUCUAAAUCUGCAGCUUCCAGUGACUUGAAUAUGCCUCAUUUAAACUCAGAUUCAACUGCUGAUGGUGAGGAAAAGAAAGAAAUUGAAAUGGAGACAGAAGUGAAGUAUGAAGAUGAAGUGGACAAGCUGUUGGAAGGUCUGGGUCCCAGAUACACGGAUUGGGCAGGAUUGGAUCCAUUACCUGUUGAUGCAGAUAUGCUUCCAGGUAUCAUUCCUGGUUACCAACCUCCAUUCAGGAUACUUCCUUAUGGAGUGAGAUCUAGUCUUGGACAAAAGGAGGCAACAUCUUUACGAAGGCUUGCUAGGAUUCUUCCUCCACAUUUUGCAUUGGGCAGAAGCAGGCAGCUUCAAGGCUUGGCUGAUGCUAUGAUCAAAUUAUGGGAAAAGAGUUCGAUUGCAAAGAUUUCACUUAAACGUGGUGUACAGCUGACUACUAGUGAGAGAAUGGCUGAAGAUAUCAAGAAAUUGACCGGGGGUAUGCUGCUUUCUAGAAACAAGGACUUCUUGGUCUUCUAUAGGGGAAAGGAUUUCUUGUCACCGGAAGUCACCGAAGCAUUGGUGGAAAGGGAGAGGUUGGCACAAUCCUUGCAGGACAAAGAGGAGCAGGCACGGUUAAGAGCAUCAGCCUUGUUUGUACAAACUGCUGAAACACUAGAGCAGCCAGGAACUGCUGGUACUCUUGAAGAAACUUUGGAUGCAGAUGCAAGGUGGGGAAAAUGCUUGGAUCAAAAUCAUAGGGAAAAGAUUAUGAGAGAAGCUGAAAUAGCAAGGCAUGCCAACCUUGUCAGAAAGCUUGAAAGCAAGCUUGCUUUUGCUGAAAAGAAGCUAAUGAAAGCUGAACGAGCGUUAUCCAAGGUGGAAGUAUUUUUGAAACCAGCGGAAAGACAGGCUGACCCAGAAAGUAUAACUGAUGAGGAGAGAUUUAUGUUCCGCAAGCUUGGUUUGAGGAUGAAAGCUUUCUUACUUCUUGGUAGACGUGGAGUUUUUGAUGGUACAGUGGAAAACAUGCACCUGCACUGGAAGUACCGUGAAUUGGUUAAGAUCAUUUUGAAAGCCAAAAAUAUUGAACAGGUAAAAAAAAUUGCGUUAGCACUUGAAGCUGAAAGUGGGGGUAUCUUGGUUUCAGUAGACAGAGUCUCCAAAGGAUAUGCUAUAAUAGUAUUUCGAGGAAAGGAUUACCAGCGACCUUCCAAAUUGAGGCCAGGAAAUCUCUUGACAAAGAGGAAAGCUUUGGCUCGUUCGAUAGAGAUUCAAAGGAGUGAGGCUCUCCUGAAACAUAUUUCAGCUCUGCAGAAGAAAGUGGACAAAAUAAGAUAUGAAAUUGCACAAAUGGAGAAGGUGAAAGACCAAGGAGAUGAGGAAUUGUACGACAGAUUAGAUGCUACUUAUCCUACAGAUGAUGAUGACACCGAGGAGGAAGAAGAUGAGGCAUAUCUUGGGGCAUAUAUCAGCAAAGGCGAUGCUAAUUCUGCUGAUGAUGAUGAAACUGGGGGCAUAGUUCACAGUGUUCGUCUGGAAACGGGUAACCUUUAUGAUGUCCAACAUCAAGAGUCUGAAACUGAAUCUGAGGGAUUUGAACAGUAUCCUCAAACAGUGGAGAGUGCAGUUGAUUAUGAAGAUGAUAUUAGAUGUGAUAAUUUUGUACAGAAUCUCCAUUUAAAUUUUCCAUGUAAUUUCCAGAAUCAAGUAUCCAAGGAAAAAACUGAGGAAGGCAGAUAUGAAGCAUAUCUGGAAAAACUAGAGGGUGAAAAUGAUGAUGAUGUUGAAAGAAAUAACUCUAGUUCGGAGUCCCCUUGCAGAUUUUCCCAGUGAAAUCUCUCAGAAAACACUUGAGGUUGGAGAAGGACCUGCAUAAACAGUCCCAAUACCGUAAGCAUUUGCACUGACGUAUGCAUUUGCACUGAUGGUGGUUGACCUAAUGAGUAGCUUCAAGCUACAGAUUGCAGAAGGAUUUGAGAAAGAGCAAUGUUGCCUUGCAAAAAUUAAGAUCUCUGACCACCUGUUCGUCACCACCUUUAGGUUUUCUUUUAUCUUGUAAAUUAAUUGGUAUCUUCAGUUCUUAUAACCUGUUUACCAUUUUUCAUAUGCUUGUACAAGUUAAUAGAGUUAGAAUUUGAAGCUUGACAGGUCUUACUGAUAGCCUGGAAAAUAAUAGUUGUAAAUGUAAAUGUCUUUCCUGGCAAACUUGCUGUGCAAUUGCUUAUGUUCAACAUUCUGUAAUAAAUGUUGCUGCUUUCAGCUGAUUAUUGGGAAAGAAAUCGAUAUUCUGAGA